GUUUGCUCUUGCAGGCAAAGUCUAGUGUGGGUAUUUGUUUUUACAGAUGAAUGUUUAGACUGCUCCGUCUCCCUCUCUGGACCUUCCCGCUUUCACUCGUCAUCCUCUGUCUGAGCAGUCGGAGCUGUCUUGCAGUUGAAAACGUACAGGUGCUUGCGCUUCAUUUUCCAGGAAGGAGCAGAAGCUACAGUGCAAGACACAAACACUAGGAGAGCAACAGCCUAAAUUAACUCCUUCUUUUAGGCUCAUGCACCAUUUGACUAGUGACUUCUCUUUUCCUCUUGACUCUUCCUCUUGUCUUAUUUUUUUGUAAUGAUUCUCUCCUCUGAACUCUGCCAUCAUUUCGAGCUUUGGUGCGUUGCUUUGACGCAAGACGUGACUGUUGUAGGGUUUAAACUCGUUUGACCUCUGCUGCUGUGAAUGGACAGUGUUUGGACAGCACUCCAGCCUAUCAUCUCCCACAUGCUCCCUUUCUGUCCCACUUUGUCUCCCUUACUGUAAUUGGUGUCGGAGCCAACACUGGGAUUUGGAUGAGGCAUGAGCUAACAAUGUGAGCAUGCCCUUACUUGGCUAAAGCUCCUAUCUUAUGACAUCCUUCUUUGGAACACCUACCAGUGGACUGGCUGCAGACCUGCACUGGCCCCUUGUGUUAAUCAAAGGGCAUUACACCAUAUCCGUCUCUCACAGUUGACGCAUCUGUUCUCCAGCAGUCUGAAAAGGUGAUCAAAUGUUGCAUAAGCGGACUCAGAGAAGCAUUUGUGUUAGCUCGUUUAAGCUUCGAUUCGACCAAAGAUUAUCAUGACUGUAGGAUUCUCUUAUUGUUAAACUUUUACUGUGCCCUUUUUCAGGCUUCGUUAGACUUUUAGUCAGAUGAUGUGUCAACGGAAAUUGAAAACCUCGCAUGAUUGCUAUCUUGAAUCUCAAACUGAAGAAAAAGCAUGAAGUCAGUUUCCCCACUUUGUGCCUAAAAUGACACAAAAGAUUCAAGUUCUUCUCAUUGUUUCCGUAAACUUGUCCUUGAAGCUCUUGUAUAGACUUCUGAUUCAUUUUCCCAUUGAGAAAGAGCUAUUUCCUGCUUGAGUUGAGCCUUUUCCUUCUACGCUGUCCACAGCUAAUCGGUCCCCUGCUCAUAUGCAUUUUUUAUAACUUUACUUCCCAUUUUGCUUAGCAUACAGGAAGGUUGUAUCGGUUGCGGUAUUGCAUACAGAGUUGUUGGCUAACUGACACAGGCUGACAUAGAAGCAAGUGUCUAAGUGUGACUGUCACAGAGGUUCACUGACACCCAGUGACAGCAUCAGUGACAUGGAAGUAUCUGGACACAGACAUGUGGAGGUUCUUAUUCCGCACCAAAACCCGCAUGGCAGAGAACGAGUCUCAUAUCACCUGGAUAGAGAGGGACUAUGCCACUAUUAGAGCCCAGGAAGAUGGCGACAUCAAAGAGAUCAACAUCACCCAUGUGGUCAAGGAGGGCUCAGAGAAAGCUGAUGCCUCUCAGUUUGAACUGCUCAAAGUCCUGGGACAGGGAUCCUUUGGCAAGGUGUUCCUGGUACGAAAGGUGACUCCUCCCGAUGCCAACCAGCUCUAUGCCAUGAAGGUCCUCAAGAAGGCCACACUAAAAGUCAGAGACCGUGUGAGGACCAAGAUGGAGCGAGACAUUUUGGCAGACGUCAAUCACCCAUUUGUUGUCAAACUGCACUAUGCAUUCCAGACUGAAGGGAAGCUGUACUUGAUCCUGGACUUUCUCAGAGGAGGGGAUCUUUUUACUAGACUCUCCAAAGAGGUGAUGUUCACAGAAGAGGAUGUGAAGUUUUACCUAGCAGAACUGGCAUUAGGACUGGACCACCUUCAUAGCUUGGGUAUCAUUUACAGGGACCUCAAACCUGAAAACAUUCUUCUGGAUGAGGAGGGACACAUCAAACUCACAGAUUUCGGCCUGUGUAAAGAAGCCAUUGAUCAUGAGAAGAAAGCUUAUUCCUUCUGUGGCACUGUGGAGUACAUGGCACCAGAGGUCGUGAACAGGCAGGGACACACCCACAGCGCCGACUGGUGGUCGUUCGGGGUACUAAUGUUUGAGAUGCUGACGGGGGCGUUGCCAUUUCAAGGGAAGGACCGCAAAGAAACCAUGAAUCUCAUUCUGAAGGCUCGUCUUGGAAUGCCUCAGUUCCUGAGUGCAGAGGCCCAAUCUUUGCUCAGGGCUUUGUUCAAAAGGAACCCUGCCAACAGACUGGGAUCUAAUGCCGAUGGCGCUGAGGAGAUUAAGCGGCACGGUUUCUUCUCAACCAUAGACUGGAAUAAACUCUUCCGAAAAGAAGUAAAGCCUCCGUUCAGACCAGCGGUCGCACGUCCGGAUGACACUUUCUACUUCGACUCCGAAUUCACCUCCCGCACACCUAAAGACUCCCCUGGUGUGCCCCCCAGUGCUGGAGCUCACCAGCUCUUCAGAGGCUUCAGCUUUGUUGCAUCAACUCUGUUAGAGGAGGAUGGUUCAUCAGAGCCAGUGCAGGCCCCACCACAUCCAGUGGUUCAGCAACUACACGGGAAAAACGUCCUUUUCAGCGAUGGCUACGUACUGAAGGAAGAUAUAGGGAUGGGCUCUUUCUCCGUCUGUAAACGUUGUAUCCACAAAGCCACCAACACUGAAUACGCUGUCAAGAUGAUUGACAAGACUAGCACAGACCCCUCUGAGGAAAUAGAGAUUCUGCUUAGAUACGGACAGCACCCUAACAUCAUAACACUCAAGGAUGUGUACGACAACGGUAAGCAGGUGUUCAUGGUGACGGAGCUGAUGCGUGGAGGAGAGCUGCUGGAUCGGAUCCUCAAGCAGAAGUUCUUUUCGGAGCGAGAGGCCAGCGCUGUGCUGCACACUAUCACCAAGACUGCUGAGUACCUCCACUCACAAGGGGUAGUGCACAGAGACCUGAAGCCCAGCAACAUCCUCUAUGUCGACGAGUCGGGGAAUCCCGAGUCAAUCAGAAUCUGUGACUUCGGCUUUGCUAAGCAACUGCGUGCCAACAAUGGCCUGCUAAUGACCCCGUGCUAUACUGCUAACUUUGUAGCUCCUGAGGUGCUGAAGCGUCAGGGCUAUGAUGAGGGAUGUGACAUCUGGAGUCUCGGGGUUUUGCUGUACACCAUGCUGGCUGGUUUCACUCCAUUUGCCAACGGACCUGAAGACACUCCAAAUGAAAUCCUGAACAGGAUAGGCCACGGCCACUUCAGUCUGACUGGUGGUAACUGGGACUCUGUGUCUGAUGCCGCCAAGGACCUGGUGUCCAAGAUGCUUCACGUUGACCCCCAUCAGAGACUGACUGCUAAGCAGGUUCUCAAACACCCAUGGAUUGUCCGCAGAGACAAGCUGCCCAACAGCCAGCUCCCACACCAGGACCCCAAGCUGGUCAAGGGUGCAAUGGCAGCCACCUACUCCGCCCUGAAGAACUCACAACCUACUCCAGAGCUCAAGCCCAUUGAGAGCUCCUUCCUUGCUCAGAGGCGUGUCAAGAAACUUCCCUCCACAUCUCUGUAGAGACUCUGAAUAGCCAAUCAGGUCACAGGAGUCUGAUCAAAACCACACCUCCUGGCUCCAAACCACCCCGUCAGCUUGCUCGGGGACUUGGUGUCGACCCGCCAAUACCAGCCAAGGAACACUGACUGUGGUCCUGCCCCCAUCUUGUGACAUCAGUUGUCCCGCUCUAGCUAUCAUCCUCCUUGUGUGGGCUCGCCAGCUGCAGCUGUUAGCCGAUCUCCUUUUGCCUAUCAAAAUAUCAUGACGAUGGAUGGGGGCAAUGAGGGCGGAAAAAAAGAAAUGUAAAAAAAAAAUGGGUGCAGGUUUUUUGGCAGAUGUUCUGGCGCCGUGUGGGUGUUUGUGCGAGUGUGUGAGCGUGUUUGUGCAUGACCCGCUACAGAGUCGAUGCAGCCCUGUUUUUGAUAGUGACAAUGAAAGUUUUCUCUUCUCAUCUUUGCUGUAAUUGGUUGUCAUUCUCGCUGCACGCCUAUCCAUCUGCCUGUUUUUUGGUUUUUUUGCCGUCUGUCCGUUCUUUUUGUAGGGUUUUUGAGCUUCGUAUUAGCGGUUGUGCUGCCAAUUCAACCUGUGCCGACAGCACAAAACCACAGUACUGUCCAAACUGCUGUUAAAUGUUUCUCAGAGAACGUUAUUGAUAUGAAUAUUAAAACAUUUCUGCCAUAAAUGCCUCUUUGGCUUUGGUACAGCCAGAAUAUGUGCAUUCUAGAAAAUGUCAGUUGCUGAUGUUUUGGUUAGUGUCAAUCUAUGCUUGCGUUUUGUUUUAUGGAGAGUGUGUGCGGACGCGUGCGUGCGUGUGUGUGUGUGUGUGGGCGUGUGUGUCAGUUGCAUGACUUGCAGUGUGUGUCUGUACUGUCUCGCGGGAUGCUGCAGAGUCAUGUGCAUGGUCCGGUGAUGUGGCUUUCUCGUUUCGCUCCUAUUCCUCUUCUCUGCUUGGUCAAUCUGCUGGCAACCAUUUGAGAUGUCUGUUAUUUUUAUUACUAUAAAAACUAGUAACAUAGAUGGCUUUCUGUGAAAGAAACCCUGCCCAAGGAACAAUGUGGCAUGUUAAAAAUUCUAUAUUUGCAUUGUUUUCUUUUUUUUUUUGUUGUUGUUUUCACUGUGUUUCUUGGAUAAUGCCUAUUGAAUACUGUUUCCUGUGUUGGUUGUUUUUGCUGUCGAUUGUUUUUUUUGUUUUUUUCUCUUUAUCCAAAGAAAGUAGUGAUUUAAAAUAGUGAAAGACAUGCUGAGCACAUCGCAGCCUGUGGACUUGAUGCCGCACAGGUCUCUUCUUCUGUUUAAUAAGUCAGGGCUGGCUGCUGUCUUUACGGAAAUAAGCACUUGUUAAAAUCUCUGUCAAAUCACUGGUUAUAAUGUCACAUAGACUUGCCCUUAUUGUGGAUUAUCUUUUUUUCAUUCAUUAUAUUGGAAUUCCAUUUGUUGAUUAUCUGACUCGUUGGUAUUUUAUUGACACUGAAUACGAGGCCUAGAGUUAAAGGUGUCUCAGUGUAAGCUUCUCCAUGGAGUAGGUCCUGCUUUUAGCUCAGUGCCUAGGCCUACAGGUGAGGCGGAAUGUCUUGCAUGGAAAGCACACCGUAAGGAUAAGAAGAUGCUGUGCAUGUGUAGAAGGAAAGACCUGUGUGGCUUAAGAAUCUAUGAAGCAGCUGUCUUACCUCAAAAGAAAUCAAAGUUAUAUUAUAAUUCUUGUUUGGUGGCAAAAAUCUCCCUCCUUUGUCAAAAUUUAUGGUAAGAUGUUAUUGUAUGAUAAAGAUGAAGAUUUUUAUAUCUUACAAUAUUAAAAAUCGAGUUGCUAUGA